CAUACGGAAUGAGAAAAGUAGCAUUAUGACUUUUUUGUUUUGUUAUUUGUUUAGCCAGAAGAUGGCAGUAGGCUAUAUGACAAAACGGCAAGAUAAUUCCUAGGCAGGGGCAGGGUUCAUAUAGAAUGUCAUGAUAUUAAACAGACGUUUUAAAGUGUGGUGUCUAACGAUUUUUAUAUUAGGUAGGCUAACUCAAGGUUUCAAAUUUUUUAUUCGUAACGUCGCAUGUGCAUCCUAAUUUUUGGCCAUACAGUAGCAGCUUUAAAAACAGGCACCUUCUGUAAUGCUCGGAUGCAUUAUUAUUUUAUGCCUAUAACAUUCCGCGAUGGCAUGCAAAUUAGUAGUAGCCAAUUGCAGGUAGUAGGCUAAUACGAUACCCUUGCUUGAUUACCGACAGCUAAAGCUACAGUAGGGCAGUAGCCUGCUGGGUACACGGUUGGCCAGAAAGUCAUAUGCUGGACCUAUGUAUUACGUUCAUCGCUCAAUUAUGCGAAAAGUUGAUUAGAUCAUGAAUUCGUAAGUUAUAGCCUAGUUCUAGGUGGUAGGCUACAGCCUAUAACAUGCAGUGAGGGGGUAUGUUUUAUAGCCAUACAAUUUAUAGCCUAGUUCUCUGUGGUGAGCUACAGGCUAUACCAUGUAGAGAGAGGGCAGGUUUUGCCAGAAUAAUAGGGAAGUUUGAGCUAACGGCACGUGUGAGCGCAGCAAACGGACUGAAGAAGUUUUCAAUCGGUCACCACUGCACCAGCUAAGACUCCGCGAAGGGACUUCUGCCUUCGUGAAUGCAUUGAAUGUCUUUUUCUGUAUUACUUAAAGUGGAAAGAAAAAAUGCAGACGUUGAUCUUUAUCGUUUUCAUAAUCGGUCACAGUCAGUCUGAUGAAAGCCAACCGUUAGAUGGAAAUGUCAAUAACUUUGCUGUUGUAAACGGUACGGUUUACGUCGCCACGGAUGACAAACUCUACCAGAUGGACAGACACCUUACCGUUGAAAUAAGAAAGGACACGGCGCAACCUAACAGGGUGCAGAUGUUGGUGCCAUUUGAAAAGAACAACACGUUGAUCACCUGUGGAACCCAUGACUGUGGGUACUGUGAUGUGCUAGAUUUGAAAAAUAUUUCAAAAACUGUUCAUACAGAGACAUUGACUGUAGCUUCAGCCUAUCCCAAUGAAUCAUCCCUCGGUUUCCUGGUCGACAUCGGGGAGAGCACAAGUAACACAUACCUUCUGUCCGGAGCGGUGCCAAAAUUGCCUAAGAAAUGCGGGCGCGAUAUUUUUUUCAUAACUCUUAGAAACACCUACCAUAUCCAGGACGGAGAGAUAUUUUCAGCGACUGAAGAUAGUAGUUCUACGCCGCGCAUCAAAAAUAGAUCAGAGCAGUGGGUGGAUUUGGACUUUGUGGAUGGCUUUCCGUGGAAGAACCACUUUUAUAUAUUCAUUAAUUUCAACAUAAGGAGUCCUCAAUCACGAGUUCGACUUCUGACUAUGAAGAAAGGAAAUAAAAAGAGAGAUACACUGAGCUCCUUCAGAGGUACAACCCUCCAGUGCUGCGGGAGCAAAUACUACUCACGGCUCGCCUCAUCUGCUGUGGUUGAAGGUUCCCCACUUCUUUGGGCAGGUAUCUUCAAAGUCGGUAACUCGCUCGACCCGGAGAGUACAGCACUAGCCAUUUUCAAUAUCACUCCAAGAGACUCUCCUGGAGGAGAGGAUCCGGAUUUUUGCAUGGAAUCUAGUACAAAUAAGUUAUUUCAGAAUGAAUCAUUAACCAUCGCACCAUUGGCCGUUUACAAGUACCGGUCGAUGACGUCAGUGGCCACCGUGACUGCCAGUUCCUGGCUGGUGUUCUUUAUCGGGACAGCAGAUGGGCAGCUAAUCAAGAUUUCAAUGGACAAGGCCAUGAAACCAACCUGUCCUAUCGUCCUGUACAAAUCUGACGGCGACCGUCCUGUGCAUUCCAAAAUGAUUUUGGACCCCAUAGACAAGAAGCACAUCUACUUGGCAUUGGGAAAUCAGAUGAAGCGGGUGGCCGUGGCUCAGUGCUGGAGGUACGACAGCAUGAGGGACUGCUGGUUUUCCCAUGAUCCCUUCUGUGGCUGGUGUUCUUCUCAGAGCAGGUGCACAUUUCAUGACGAGUGCCUCACGUCAACGUGGAUCUCCAUUCCUGAGGGUUCGCUGCAGGAACGAAUGAUUUCCUUCCGCGCGGAGGAAACGCCAUCUCGCGAGAAGGUCAUAUUGAAUGUGACAGCUCACCUGAAGGUGGUAGCUAAAGGAAGUCCUGCCUUCUCUUGCGCCUUCACCACUGAGCGUGGGGAGAGUCUGUGUGCCGGGUCUGGUGAUACCGCGGCAUUCCCCAGCUGCUCCUGUGUCUUCCUCAGGGACAAGUUUCCUGCAGGAGGCCUGGGUGUAACAGUGAAGAUCACUAUUGACAACCAGAUAGUCUCUGAAUCCUGGAAUUUGAAGAACUGCUCUCUCAUCCAAGGAGGUCCCACGUCUGCCCUGUGCUCGGAGUGUGUGGCAGCUGGCUGCCUGUGGUCUUUCACACAACACACUUGCUCCUGGAUGCCUUGGUCCUCACACGAGAGUUACACACAGGGCACAUGUCAGAACUACUCUUCUGGACUGAAUAUCUCUAAACCAGAAAUUUACUCAAUAACACCAAGUGAAAUAUCCUUCUAUGGAAAAAACAAUGCAACCAUCACAGGGAAAAACCUUGAUCAUGUGACUAAACUACAUAUCCGUGGAGACAUGGGCUGCAAUCAGAUGGAGGUUCCAUUCCACAGCCGCUCCAGUGACAGGCUGACGCUGCAUGUUCCGGGUGGGAACAAGGGCCGAAUGACUGUUUGUGUAGAACUCCCGGACGGGAGGUGUUAUGGGUCGGCCGAAAUCACCUACAGAUCCCCACCGUCCUGCACCGGGCUGUCGCCGGACUCCAGCUGGGCCAGUGGCGGGAGAGCAGUCAGUGUCCUGGGCACAAACCUGCAGUUUGUGGACGAGAUAGAGCAUUUGGACCCCCCACAGACGCUUGGUGUUAAUUUCAGCUCUUCGAAUCUCCAGUAUUACACUCCUUCUGUUGGAACUGGAACGAGAAGAGAUGUCACCGUCAGACUGAAGGUUGCAAAUGAAACGAUUGCAUGUGCGACCCUCACCUACCACCCAGAUCCAGAGUUCAUCCGCUUCACUACAUCACCAUCCGGAGAUGAUUUGCGCAUCACUGUUGAGAAAAAAGUGGACAAACUGAACAUAUCCAGGGAGGAGCUGAAUAUAUACGCGCUGGAGGGUGAUGUAGAACACAAAUGUCAGCUGGAUAAAAUUGAACCAAGUCACUCUUCAGGGGUGGAUUCCAUUGACUGUGAAAUACACAACAAGGCUAAUGCCAAGAUAGAGUCAGUGAAGAUAUAUUUGGGAAAUCAUCCAUUUGAAGUAAAAGAGCCACAAAAGACGUUGUACUUGAUUGUAUUGGUCAUCUGUAUCAUCGUUUUGAUUUUUGCUGGUGUUGGAUGCACCGCGUGGAUUUACCGCUUGAAACAGAGGAAACUGUCGGAACGAAUGACCGAACGUCUGGAGCUGCUGCAGUGCGACAUCAGAACAGAGAUUCGGCAAGGCUUUGUAGAUAUGCAGACACAAAAAAUGGAUUUGAAAGAAAAUGUUGGAGUGAUCCCUUUCUUAGACUACAAGCAUUUCGCUUCUAGAAUCUUCUUCCCUGAUCAGGUAACUAUGAGUGGUUUCCUUAAAGACCUGGACCAGGUGAGCUCAGUUCCAAACAUGCUCUUCUGGCCUCACCAUGCAGCACACAGAUCCAUUUCUGAUGAAUGGCUGCUAUCCUUUUCUGCUUAUUUCUCACAUAUUAUUAUUAUUAUUAUUAUUAUUUGGCAGAUUUUUAAAGGCGUUCAGUUGACCAAUUUACCCGGAUGGAGUGAAACCACAUCUGUUUGGCCCAGGUGCCACGUGGCCUCCUUGCUGACCCUGGCCCUGCACAGUGACCUCCCCUACCUGACCGAGGUGAUGGAGGUCCUCCUCCGGGCCCUCAUGGACCAGUACAGCAACACCCAACCCAAACUCAUGCUGCGGAGCACCAAGUCCAUCGUGGAGAAGCUCCUGACCAACUGGAUGUCCAUCUGCCUUUACGGCUUCCUGCGGGAGUCUGUGGGGCAGCCCCUGUUCCUGCUGGUGUCGGCGCUGAACCAGCAGAUCUCCCGGGGUCCCGUGGACUCGGUGACGGAGAAGGCGCUAUACACGCUGAACGAGGACUGGCUGCUGUGGCAGGCGCAGGACUUCAGCGCCCUGAAGUUGAAUGUGUCCUUCGACGUGGUGUCGGUGGGGGAGGGCAGCUCCCCCCUGGAGGUCAGCGUGCUGGAUUGCGACACGGUGGAGCAGGCGAAGGAGAAAAUUCUAGGGGCCUUCAAGAGCAAGUUUGGCUUCCCCUACAGUGGGCAGCUCCCAGACAUUGACAUUGCAUAUGAGAAAGGAGGCCAGUCUGUCCUGCUACAGGAAGUGGAUCAGAGUUCAGAGGUCAUGGGUUCCGUGACCAUGCUCAACACCCUCAGGCACUACCAGAUUCCCGAUGGAGCCUCUGUCAAAGUCAUCACAAAACAAGCCCACGCCCCUUUGAGCACACAAGUCAGUUUGAAGGAUGAUAGGAACUACUCCAUUAAGUACUUCCACUUGAUCGAUCCUGAUAUUGAUUGUGCCCAGGGAGGGAAUCCAGAGAGGAAGAAGCUGAAGCUCAAAGAGAUCUAUCUGACAAAACUGCUCUCCACCAAGGUGGCCGUGCACUCCUAUGUGGAGAAGCUGUUCAGGUCGAUUUGGGGCACCGCCAACAGCAGAGUCCCGCCCGCAGUCAAGUACUUCUUCGACUUCCUGGACGCUCAGGGAGAGAGCAAGAAAAUCAGCGACCCGGAUGUGCUCCACAUCUGGAAAACCAACAGCCUGCCCCUGCGCUUCUGGGUGAACAUUCUGAAGAACCCCCAGUUUGUGUUCGACAUGGAGAAGACGCCGCUUCUGGACAGCUGUCUGUCCGUCAUUGCCCAGGCCUUCAUGGACUCCUUCUCAUUGGCCGAGCAGCAGCUGGACAAGCAUUCUCCCACCAACAAACUCCUCUAUGCCAAAGACAUCCCCCAGUACAAGCUGGAGGUGAAGGCCUACUACAAGCAAGUGGGAGAUCUGCCUGGGUUUUCCAGCGAAGAUUUCAAGGCUUUCCUGCAGGAAGAAUCAGAGAAACACGAAAAUGAAUUCAACGAAACGGCCGCACUGCAAGAAAUCUACAAGUACUUGCAGCAGAACUUCAACGCGGUAGAGGAGAAGCUGGUACAGAAUGGGGCUUCCAGUGAGCUGAAGGAGAAGCUGCAGCAGGUCAAGGAUUUGUUCACCAAUGACAAGAGCUGUUCCUUGGACUGACCUCCCUCCUGCCGCACACGCCCAAGAGACAUGUUUAUUGGCCGGAAGGGCUGUUCCUGGGAUCGACCUCCCUCCUGCCGCAUAGACCCAACAGACAUGUUUAUUGGCUGGAAGAGCUGUUUCUUGGAUCAAAGUUCUUCCCUCACCGUCACACAGCUCAAUCAAGUGAUGGACCCAGGCUACCGGGCUCUUCUAUGGCCACUAUGGAAGCCAGGCCGGCUGCCUCCAGUCAGCAGCCCUGAGGAAACUCAGACUGAAAACUUUUAAACACACGGCUGAUCUCACAUUUCAGGGCAGAGGGCAGACAGUUGCUGUUGUUAUUCCUCAGGUUGAAGGUCUUCGUGCCUUAUGCACUUUGGGGUCCCACGCUAAUGGGUAUUCCUCACCUGCAUGAAUUAUUGAAAGAAUGUUCCGCAGGCUUCUUUGAACAGACUAGCAAAAUCACAAUGCACUAACCAUGGCCAUGUGUUUGGCCGUCCUGUUUUACCUCAUACAUCUUCACUUUGGCAUUUGCUUCUGUAAAACAGUCACAACUGAUCAGUUAAAACAGGUUAACAGCCCCAAUUAAAGGGUAGUUUUGUGAUUUAGGAUAAACUGUGAUCUACUGUAACGCAACCAUAAUCAAAAAAUACUCUCUCAUCGCUACUUCUAGGGAACGUCUGUGAGGAACAUAUGUUGUCUUAUAAAAGGUCAAGUUAAUUAGCUCAUGCCUUAUAGUCAGUGACCCCCUGCAGAAAGCAAUGGCUCUUAAGUCUGGUGGUUUCUGCACAAAGCCAGUAAGCAGUCAGGCUGCGUCAGGCUUUCCCAUUCAGAGCUUAUCUUCAUUUCUGUGGUGUAAAACAGGCUGAGGUGCUUCAGAUACACAGUCACUCCAUCAGCUGCAAUGUCGAAUGCAUCUUGUUUCAGUGAUUUUGCAGUUAAAUAUGCCAAGUGCUACGCUCCACCGGGCCAAUCAGUGUAGCCUGACGUGUUUCAGUGCUUGGGUACUUACAUGAAACUUACAUGACUGUGAAAGAGUACAUUAAUGCUACAGCAUAGCAGUUAUGCAUGUUUUUUUUAAAUGAAUUUUGCUGGAGAAAGUUAUUCACAGGUUACUGUUUAUAUCUAACUGAACACAUGCUACUGCUCUGGAAGGUUUAUUUGGUGAUAUACUUAAUGUACAUGCAAAUGAACUUACUUCAUAUUUUAAUAAUACUUUAUUAAAUACUGUGUGUCUCUUGCUGAUAUUUUAACAACAAACAGGAAGAUUUAAAAAAUGAGAAACAGGUCAGUAAGCAGGAUCUUAUUUUAAACUGGUUUCUUGGGUGCAAUGACACUUUCAAAAUGUACCGCCAACUGCCUGCUAGAACUGCCGUUCCGCUUUUUACAGCACAAGCAAAAGAGCGUGUUCUUUGAAAAGCUCAGUGUUGAGUCGGCUCAAAUCCUUUCUCUUGUGAAAUGAGUUUCAAAACGCCUCUGCAAAACCGUACGGGGUAGAAUCACGAUGAGCCGAACGAUGAGAAGCGGCUUUUCUAUUUGAGUGUGCUAUUUUCUGGUGUGUGCUGACCCCAAGCCCGUUAGGGCAUUUGAAGCCUGGAAGAAGCAAUCUUGUGAGGAAAUGCGUAUUAGAGCAAAGGCAGUGGCAACUCGCGCUUUGCGCGGACUUAUUCGUGGUGUAUCGGUUUGCACUGUGAGGACCUUCGCCAAGCACGGGGAGUUCCCGAAUCAGUCCAUGUUCGGUGCGUACAGGAAGUAUCGAGUUUGGAGGAAGUUAUCUUUGAGUGUGAGUGACACAACUAAAUUCAAACAAUGGACAAAUCAAAGUUAAAUAUAUCCAGGGGUGUGAAUUUUUUCUCCUACAAUUUGAAGCACAGAUUAGCAUGUUGUCUCCUUGGAAGCCACAAAAAGACCAUGCUAAAUUAAAAGUGAACUGUUGCAAGCAAAGGAUAAGUAUUUAAAAAGGCUAUUAGUGGAGUUUUGCUGGUUGCAAAAAACCUAAGGCCCAGACCUAGUAGCAAAGCCACAAAUGUACACACACACAUUCUACAUUAUGAGCCUGGAAAUGACUGAUUAAUAAUUGAUGGAGCAGUCCCAGAUGCCUGUUAGCCAUGGUCCCUGAAAUAUGGUCAGACCCUAACCGUCUGUAUGUUGCUGCUUGAACUUCGCUUUGCCUGAGUUUUUCUAUUAACUGUUCAGUGCCCUAACCGACUUUAGGGUGCAAGUGUGCCAAAUAAUAAAAUGGAGUGACUGAACUCAACUCUUCUUAAACCAGAA